UUGGGGACAAUAUUAAAACAGUAAUCAUGAACAACAAAGAUUUUGUAGUUCUUCCAUGGGGAAAACCUGGACAUUCUGUAAAGCUAAAAUAUAAAAAUGCUCAAGAACUGAAGAUGGAGAAAGUACAGUUGGAGUUGGAGAACCAAGAGAUAGAAAAGAAAUUACAAGAAUUCCAAUCAACAAGGAAGAAAGAAAGGGAAGAAAGAGAGUCAAGCGGCUAUCACUGGAAAUCUGGAAAAGUGGGAAAAUUGGGUUAUCAGUCACACGUAAUGUCACAAAAUAAAGGAAAUGUUAUUAAGGUUUCUCCUGGAAAACUGAAAUUAAAAUUACUGAGGGAGCAGCUUCAAGCGCCAGUGAGACAGCCACAUAAUUAUAAAAUGGCAAAUUCCUCUGAAAGUGAAAAACCCAAGAUAAAAGGGAAGGCCUGUGGACAGUGUGAGAAGAAGGCUGCUCUGCUGGUAUGUCUUGAAUGUGGAGAAGAUUACUGUUCAGGAUGCUUUGCUAAAAUUCACCAGAAGGGGGCACUGAAGCUCCAUAGAACAACACUUUUGCAGGCAAAAUCGCAAAUAUUAUCUAAUAUAUUGGAUGUUGCCCAUCGGUUUAUAAAGGAAGUUAAUCCAGAUGAACCCAAAAGGAAGAAUCACUCUACAAAAGAGAUUAUUGAAAGUCAGCAUAAACCCAAAUCUCCUCUGCCGGACACCAGCCCUGAGAUGGAAAUUUCAACAGCACAAGAAGGGGAAUGUACAAACCCGACACACAGGCUCUUGCAUGAAGGGUCAUUCGAUGAAGAAGCUUCUGCUCAGUCCUUCCAGGAAGUUUUAAAUGAGUGGAGAAAUGGGCGGCAUGGCAACAACGGGAAACAGAGCUCACCUGCAGCAGAACCAGACUCAUUGGGAGAAUGUGAAGUACAAACCAAUCUGAAAAUUUGGAGAGAGCCCCUUCAUAUUGAAUUUAAAGAAGACAGUAUAUCAUAUAUGGAAAAAUUAUGGCUUAAAAAACACAGAAGAACUCCACAGGAGCAACUUCGAAACAUGCUGCCGGAUGCAUCCACACGUCAGUGUCCAACCACGAGCGAGGCACCAUGUUCUCAGAAUGAAAGCAACGAAGAUAGUGAUGUUGAUGAGAUGACAGUACAACGCCCAGCUCUUUUUCUGCCCGUCGAAAAAUUAAGCAUAGAAAGACCUGAAACAUCUGUAAAAAUAGUCGAACUGGAUGAAACUUUUGAAGAGGAACUUGAAGAACGAGGAAACAUCGUGCCUUACAAAGUCGAGUUAGCUGAUGCAGAAAGUCAACCAAGUUGCACAUUUUAUGAUUAUCAUACUUUUCUGCAUGAAAAUGACAUCCAUCAGCAUCAUAUUUUCACUAAGGGAAAAACAGACCUCUUACAUCGUCAUCUGAUCAGCAGCUCUUCUUAUUGUGAAGAUAACUCCAAAGUAGGAACUUCAAAUACAAAAUUUGGCAACAAUGUGGAUCCUGAUGUUGAUUCUCCUGCUGUUGAAAAAUUAGGGAAAAGCAGCUCUUUUGAAAGACAUUUCAAAGAGAAAGGCAUCACAGAUAUGGAAAGUAGUCAGAAGCUGGAUAAUUCCUGCAUAGCAUUUGAGAGCAAGGAGUCUUUUCCAAGUGUAGAUUUAGAAACAUCUUCCACUAAAGAGAAAUUAUCUCAAGACAUCAAAGAAUCCUGGGAAUUUAGCAAUCUUACGGAGACGCCAAACUUUGAAGAUUCAAAAACGACUGAAUCACUACUGUUGUUACAAGAAAUAGCCCUCAGAAGUAAGCCUAUAACUGAAAAAUAUCAAGGACUUGAAAGAUUCUUUGUUCCUGAUAAAAAUGAAAGACUCAACUUACUUUCUUCUCAUAGCUCAAAACCCACUUAUUCCAGUACUAGGAUUACAUUUGCAGGAAACAGAGACUGGAUCCCGGAGCAGAGCAUCUGUGCGUGCGCGGACAGUGCAGCCGCCUCGGGGGCUGUGCAGAGCGCCCAGGAUGCAUCGGCAAGUAGAACACAGCCAAAGACGGGCAGGGCCCCACACAGACCUUCAACAGCAAGUUUACCAGUUUCCACCUCUGUUAAAAGAAGCUCCAGCUGGCUUUCCUCCUUUUACUCUCCACCAAGAAGUGCCCCUGCCCAAUCAUCAUCUAGAGCUGCUUCUGAAAUUUCAGAAAUUGGACACAUUGAUAUCACUGGCCACAAGGAGCCUUUCUCAGACAGCAUUGCUGACCAGCAGUCCUUGGACAGUCUGGAAAAGGAAUUCAGUGCGCUGAGAAAUCUUGCAGGUCCUUCAGAAAAACUUUACAGCCUAACCUCGGAAGAGUCACCAGCCCUGCACAACGAUUCGCCGAAUAUAAGUCAGGCCAGCCCAGAUCUCUUUCAAACCUCACAUCCGAGAGGCCUCUGUGCAACUGAGGAACUGAGCUCUUCUGAAAAAGAUACUGAAAUUCAGUCUUUCCUGACAGCUUCUGAGAGCAGCACAGAUGAGGAGGAAGAGGAUUUCCUUGACAAGCAACAUGUCAUCACACUACCAUGGCCAAAGAGUACCUAA